AUGGGUCGUCUCCAAGGAAAGAACGCUAUUAUCACUGGUGCCGCGGGUGGCAUUGGUCUCGAAACCACCAUCCUUUUCGCUCGUGAGGGCGCCAAUGUCCUCCUUGCUGACAUCUCCGAGCCUGCACUGGCAAAGGCCAUCGCAAAGGUGAAGGAGGUUGUGCCCAACGCACCCCGCCUUGAGACCAUCAAGUGUGACGUGUCCAAGGAGGCCGAUGUGCAGGCUAUGGUCGAGUCGCAGGAUAGCUGGGGCGGUGUGGACGUGAUCUUCAACAAUGCAGGCAUCAUGCAUGCUGACGAUGCCGACGCUGUCGACACCCAGGAGAAGAUCUGGGAUCUGACACAGAGUAUCAACGUUAAGGGUGUUUGGUUCGGCUGCAAGCAUGCUGUUCUCAGUCUGCGUCGUAACAAGAAGACCGUCGGUAGCAUUAUCAACACUGCUAGCUUUGUCGCUCUCAUGGGUGCUGCUACCCCCCAGCUUGCUUACACUGCUAGCAAGGGUGCUGUUCUUGCUCUUACUCGUGAGCUUGCUGUUGUCCACGCCCGUGAGGGAUUCCGCUUCAACUCUCUCUGCCCUGGUCCUCUCAACACCCCACUCCUCCAGGACUGGUUGGGUGAUGACCAGGCCAAGCGCUUCCGUCGUGAAGUACACUUCCCCAGUGGCCGUUUCGGAGAGGCCGUUGAGCAGGCACAGGCCGUCCUCUUCCUGGCUAGCGACGAGAGCAGCUUUGUUAACGGAACCGACUUCGUCGUUGACGGUGGUCUCAGCAAGGCAUACGUGACCCCUGAAGGCCCUGCCCCCGCGGCACCCAAGAACCUCGGCCAGUAG